AAAUAAAUAAAUCAUUGGGAAAGUAUCGUCAAGUUUGAACAUCUGGAAUCUGAAUUCCUUGUUCAGGAAAACGUGUCCACAUAAAACAAAAAGCAAACUAUAAGCAACCAAGCUUCUCCUCCUGAUCCAUCUUCUUCCACAUCUUUCUUCUUUCGAUCCAAAUCCCUAGAUUCAGUUUCAAUCUUCAACUCAUCCUCUCUCUCUUCAAAUCCUCCAUUCACAACAACAAUGGAUCUAGCUCCAGAAGAACUCCAAUUUCUCACCAUCCAUAACAUCUUAACCGAAUCAAUCUCAAUCCCUAAAACUUCCCCUAAAACCUUCUACCUCAUUACCCUAACCCUAAUUUUCCCUCUUUCUUUCGCAAUUCUAGCUCAUUCCCUUUUCACACAUCCCUUAAUUUCACAUCUUCAAUCUCCUUUCACUGAUCCCUCUCAAACCUCUCAUGAUUGGACUCUUCUCCUCGUUUUUCAGUUCUUUUACCUCAUUUUCCUCUUCGCUUUCUCUCUCCUCUCCACCGCUGCCGUUGUUUUCACCGUCGCGUCACUCUACACCUCAAAACCGGUGUCUUUUUCGUCCACUAUCUCCGCUAUUCCCAAAGUCUUCAAGCGAUUGUUCGUUACUUUCUUAUGGGUUACUCUUCUUAUGACUGUUUAUAAUUCCGUUUUUGUUCUAAGCUUGGUUAUUCUUAUUAUAGCUGCGGAUACUGAUAAUACUUUUUUGCUGUUUUUCUCUAUUGUUGUUAUUCUCUUGUUGUUUGUUGUUGCUCAUGUUUAUAUUACUGCAUUGUGGCAUUUGGCUAGUGUUGUUUCUGUUCUUGAGCCUGUUUAUGGUUUUGCUGCUAUGAGGAAGAGUUAUGAGUUGUUGAAGGGUAGGGUUAGGUAUGCGGCUGUUUUGGUUUGUGGGUAUUUGUUUAUUUGUGGGGUUAUUGCUGGGGUGUUUAGUGCCGUCGUGGUGCAUGGUGGUGAUGGUUAUGGUGUGUUUUCUAGGAUUGUUAUUGGUGGGUUCUUGGUGGGUGUUCUUGUUAUCGUCAAUUUGGUUGGGUUGUUGGUGCAGAGUGUGUUUUACUAUGUUUGCAAGAGUUAUCAUCAUCAGGGGAUUGAUAAGAGUGCUUUGCAUGAUCAUCUUGGUGGCUACCUUGGAGAGUAUGUGCCUCUUAAGAGCAGUAUCCAAAUGGAAAAUUUGGAUGUAUGAUUCUGGUUUGAUUUGUAAGUUUGUUUUCUCUGUUAUAUGCUGGUAAUGAAAUUGUGUACAACGGUUCGAAGAAAAGACUAAUGAAAGAUUGUAUGUUGGUUGCGUUUUCUUUA